CUAGUCAAUUACAACCAGUUGUAUUAAGAUGAUAAUGUGCAGGUGGGUCAGGCACUUGACUCUCGUGACAUUGGCCCUAAAAGCAUAUGGGAACACGAACACGGCUAAUAAUCCAGAGUUACAGCAGACACGAGACAUAGAGGAGAUAAAGUCACAGUCGAUAGUGCUAGUAGUACUGAAUAAUGAAGACUUAGCAACAUCGAGUGAGGUACAUAUAGAGAGAGUAAUUGAAAUGGAAUCAGUGAUAGAUUCAGGUUCAGAAACAGAGAUAUACAUAGAGACAAAUCAGAGCGUAAUAGAGAAUGUGGCAGACAGUAUGACAGAGAAUGUAACAGACGGUCAGUCAGAUAGCCGGGAAAACAGUCCGACAGAUCAGAGGUCACACUCUCUGUCACAUAGUCAGCCCCAUAGUGAAGAGGAUCUCCAAUUGGAGGAGGCCACUGAUAACAUAAGUGGAGUUGACACAACUACCACAACCACAAGUACAACCACAACCACAACAACCACAACAACCACAAGUACAUCUACAAGUACUCCUACGAGUGAAACAGAAACUCCAAUUGCAAAUGAAUAUGCUACUUCAACAACCGCUUCAGUGGCCUCAAUAUCUUCACACCUCUUCAAUAAGAGACUCAAUUUUGAUAUCCACUCCAACUCGAACUCGAACUCGAACUCCAACUCCAACUCCAACUCCAA